CUCCAAAAUUUGAGUUUACCAAAUAAUGUUUUUACUAAACUGUUAACUCUAUUUCAAUAAACAGUAAAAUUUAGAAAUAUGCCCACAACAAUAAAUUGAAUAUAUUAUAAUUAAUAGUAAUGGGUAAAUAUUCAAGUGACUCAGAAACUGAAAAGAGAGGAACUAAAAGUUCUUAUAGCAACAAAAGUCGUAGAAGGUCAUCCUCUUCAAGUUCUAGUAGUUCUCGAAGUAGACACAGAAGGGAUAAAAGACAUACUAAGAGGAGAUCAAGAAGCAAAAGUAGAGAUAAGUACUCCAGAAGCAGGAGGUCUAGAAGUAGUAGUCCUUCUACAUAUAGAUCUUCUAAAUCAAAGUAUAGGUCUAAAUCUAGAGAGAGAUCCAAGUAUAAAAGAUCUUCUUCACGGGAUAGAAAACAAUAUUCCCGUGAUAAAAACAGAUCCAGAAGAUCCAGAUCCAAAUCCUACAUAAAGGAGUAUACAAGUAGACCAAGGAAGCCAUCAAAUAGUUCAGACUCAUCCAGCUCCUCCAAUUCAAGUUAUAAGAAGAACAAACCUCAAAAGAAGCCUUCAGUUGAAUUUCCUAAAACUUCAACAAAUACAAAAGAUAACAAUACAGACUGUGUGAUUAUAGACACCAAAGUUAUUGAUGAAAUUAAUGAAGAUAAGUUUGCCCCUAAGAAAUUUACUAGUGCUAACAAAUCUAAAAAAGAAGACAAGAUUGUAAUUGAUUUACAGAAACAGACCAUUAAAGUACCUGAAGUUGAGGCAGUAGAACCAGAUUCAAUUUUUCAUCACAAUCUUUUCUUAAGUGAAGAAGCGCGAAUGGAAAAGUGGGUAAAAGAGCUAUAUUCUUUUAGACAGAAAUCCCUUCAACAAGGCCAGAAAAUUUGAUGAUGAUGAUGGCAGUAAGACCUUGUUACCAGCUAUUGGUUUUCUCUAUUUUAAUUUUAUUUGCCUCAAUUUAUCUCCCAUUAGUUGUUAGUAUUUUUCAAAAAGUGUGGUUUUAUAAAAUUUUUGAUAACCAGA